UGUCAGAGUAUUCAGUAAUGCUUUGCAUGACCAGCCAGUCAGUAGUGGGCUUGUUGGUGAGAGUCGUGUCGUUUACUCGAAGUGAUCGUGUGGUGUUACUUGACGAGAUAGUCAGGCGGUAUUCUAAAACACGACGUACAAGCAAACAGCGACAAAUACAGCUACAAACGUGAGUGCAUUUCGUGAGACUGUGAGAAAGAAAACGAACAGAGCGUUUCACGGAGCGCACACCGACGGUGGAGCUUCGAUUUCACGUACUGUUUUUUCACUGAAAACAAAAAACCAUAGCGCUACACUGUGUAUGGUACACGAGCGAUCCAAGAUGCUGUCGUCAGUGCCAGCGAAAUAAUAAUGUGGUGCGACGUUAGUCAGAGUUGUGCAAUGAUGGGUCUGCAGGCCACGGCAGGGAAACGUAAACUGGAGGGAGGUGUGGGCUGCAUGGAGUUCGACAUGGAUAUGGGCGAAAGCCCAUCGAAGUUAGGCCGAGUGGAGGGUAGCUGGUGGGCGAUGGAGGAUAGUUACACGCCUCCGCUUAGCCAAACACCGGCUUCUUAUUACGAUAUGGAAGUGAGUCCGCCUUGCCUGCAGACAAAUCCUUGUCAACCAACAUCGACGAGUCCUCAACAACAACAACAACAACAGCAACAUCAAACGGCACAGCAACAACAGCAACAAUCAUCGACGCCAACGUCAGCGCCUCCACCGUCUACGGUGGCGCACCUACACCAUCAUCCGCAGCACUACUAUCACCAUCAACGCGGACCUACCAGUCCGGUCGGUAAUAAUGGUUACAGUCAACUGUCGAGGCCUCAGCCGCAAUGGGGAGCGCCUCAUCAUUACGAACCUCCAACGAUACGGCGAGAAGAAAACGGGAAAAGUUACUUGGAGCUUGGAUCUAGUUAUCGAGCAAACGAUAGAUGCUGCGAGGGUUCGAGGUCGAGUUGGUGUCGACGUGGCAGAGCGUGUUAUAGACAAAGGCGGCUAGCCGUGUUAAAUAUUUCAAUGUGCAAGCUUGCGAGGUAUCGCCAAUUUCCGGAUCCGAGCCUUCAUCGAUCGGUUCUCAUCUGCAAUACAUUGAGGCAUCUAGAACGCGAAAUGGAGAGGGACAGAAGUCCACCGCCCAUGGAGCCAGUUAUACCAGCGCCUAUUGCUCAACUUCAACCUCCUGAGCAGGGCAGGUUAACGCCAUUUCCAAUGCCACCAACGUCUUCAAACGAGACAGACGUCGAUUCUGGUAUCGGCGAUAGCGAUGAUAGUCGUUCGAUUAACUGGGGCAGCGUGCUAUCUCUUUCGAGUCAGUCGCCCUUAGAUCCAUUGAACAACAACGAGUUACUGGAUGUCGAUAUUGGUCCGGAUCUAGAUUUAGACUUCAUGCCCGGAUGGAAAUUGACACCUCUGUCUGCGGACGAUAUUCUUAGGAGUACAACGGCGCAAGAGCAGCAACACCAGCAACACCAUCAUCAUCAGCAACAGCAGCAACAGCAUCUGGUAUCAACCAGCGGUAGCUGUGCCAAUAGCAACGUGGCCAGUGCCUGCGUUAAUACUGGAAGUAGCAGUAGUACGCACGAAUCGUUAAUGUGCGUUGGAUCAUAGCCCCCAAUUUUGACAUCGUUGAGUCAUCUCAUCGAUUUUUACCCACUGAUGCCGCAGAGCAAAUAAGUAUGCGGCAUUUACAAAGAACCACAAAUCAAGAUGUAGAGACGACGCAAUCGCCCGCCUCACGAAUUAUUUGCAACGCCUGGUCGGCGAUUCUCCAGGAGGUCUUCUUUUUCUUAUUUAUUACCAUUCGUGUCAAUUACGCACCGAUCGAUUAUCUCGGUUACGUUCUACUUCGUAUUACAUCGGUAACCAGCAUGGGUGGUCUACUCCUUAUGGGCGAGGAGGUAUGAGACGUGAUACCUCCUGUGUUCGCAGGUGCAACUGGUGCAGAAUUCAUGGCCCAUUGGAAAUAUUUAAAAUUCAAAGGAAAUAGAGGUGAUUACAAUUUUUAAACCGACGAGUACCUAAACUCACGUUGUUUCAAUUGAUAUUUAUUUACUAAUAAUUUAAUAUUUUGUUAAUAUUAUAAUUAUAUUAGAUUUUAAAAUUAUUUACUUAUCGAUUUAAUAGAAAUUAUUUAAAUCUUUUAUCAUGCAUACAUAUAUAUAUAAUAUAUAUACUUAUAUAUAUAAUAUAUAAAAAAAAUAUGUAUAUAUAUAUAUAUAUAUGUGUGUGUGUAAGAAAUAUAUUUUCACAUUCGAAUGAUAAUUAUAAUUUUUAGUUAACGAACAACGCGAGAUCGGGUCCUCCUCCGGAUCAUCAUCAACGACCACCUCAAAACGAGCCUGGUUAUACUAUAUCGAAACGAUCUGUUUUUGCAGCUGCACCUGCGAAUUCAGCGGCGCAUGUAUGAGUUCCCGAGUCGCUCGAAAUGUCGCCACCGGCACGUCAGACAGAAAGAAAUAGAAUGAGAGAAUGAAAAAAGAGGGAGAGAAGGGGGGGAAGAGAGCGAGAGAAAUAGAGUGAGAGAGCGACAGGGAAAAAGAGAGAAAGUGAAAAGAGCUCAAUGUUCACGCCCCCGGGCCGGCGAUACGGUAGGACAAGUACCUACAGGACCUAUAUAGACUUCUUCUUCGACUCUUUUUUAAAAACAACGAUGACAAACGGCACGGUACUUCGACAGACUGGGGAAAAAAAAAAAAAAAAAAAAGAAAAAAAAUCUCUUCUUCCUUCCACAUUUCUUCAAUUUUCUUCUAAUUUUUUUUAAUAUUCUUUUCUUUCUUUCUUUCUUUUUUUAUAUAAUUGAAAUUCGAACAGCGCGAUAUCGCUUGCCUAGCUGGCUGACGUUGAGAACUCUUCGGCGUCGUUUGCGACGACAGCCAGUCGAAAAGGGAGUGUCCAUCAUCAUCGAUCGCUGUUUUCUCAUUGGAUUAGAAAGACUAUCCAGGCGACGAUUAAUUAAUGCCAUACAUUGUAAUACACUAACGAUACCAUUACACGCGUAAUAAGACAUAACCGCCGUGGCCUAUACCGUACACUGAUAAAUACAUACACAUACAUACACGCGCGUAUACAUACACAUACCACAUAUAAAUAUAUACAUACGAUAUGUAUAUGUACAUCAGACAGAUAUAUACACAGGUUCGUACACAGAAAAGUCGAUAUAUGGUGCUAGGACGAUCACACCCUGGUGCUUAAUUCUGUAUACACACAGAGCCAUGUGCGUAAAUUCGCACGGAUCGCCUGCAGCCUUCGUCGAGGAGUCUAGAUACGUCCUGACGCGUCGUGAACAGAACAUAGAUGGUCGAAACAUAUUUCCAUUGUGUGAUAUCCGAUACGAAGUAAUGAAAUUAAUUAAUAGUAGCAUCAAUAUCGUUCCUGGGAUUCUCCAAGGAUUCUCCAAGACGAUUAUUAAAGGGAAUAUCAUAUAAUAUUAACCGAUGGAGAUAUAGUUUGUGAAAAUGAAAAUGCGUACUAUGCUCUGACGCACGAUGCAAAAAACAAAUGUACCUGCAUUUUAGAGAUCGGGAUAAAUAUCGGUUCCUUCGUAUCAUCGCACGUAGGCCACUGCGCGCCACUGAUCUCCCGUUAAUAAUAUGUACCAUAAUACUAUUGUAAAAUAGAGAGUGGCCGACGAGCAAAGAGCGAAGGGAGCCAAUAAUUCACUUGGGGUGUGGAACGGAGAGAUUAUUAAGAGAAGAAGAAGAAGAAGAAAAAAAUAAUAAAAUAAAACUCGACGAUACGCACUUCGCGAAGAGGAAUGGCGAUCCGCGCGCGAUCUCGUCCUCAACGUCCACUAAUUGAACUCAAAAGAGCAGCUAUACUUAAAUCGAAGUUAAGCGUUGUAAAGCGAAUUUAAAAAAAAAAAAAACGAACGAUAAAGCGAUAUAAUACAAUAAUUUAUAAAUCGACUGAUUACUCGCGUGAGGGAACGAAAAAAGAUAGGAAAAAAAAAAAAAAAAGAAGAAACAAGAAAGGAAGAAACGAAAAAAAGAAAACUCUACUGGUAAAAACAUUUCACGAGUUGAUUUAAAACUGUAAUUAAUUCAAUAUUAAGCCAGACAUAUUACACUAACACGUGACACGUACCAUACAAAAAAAAAUCCAUUUCGUAACACGCGAUAUUUGUAUACAAAGGAAUACAAAGAACACGGAACAUGUACAUGUUUAUACAUGAAAUACAUUAGAUACUUCGAUGUAUAUAGAUACACACUACGUACUAAGUCUAAUAAUUGUUAACGCGAACUCAAGCGAAUUCUCGGCAGUUUUCAUUUUUUCGUUCUUGUUUUCUAUUUUCUUUUUUCUCUCUUUUUUUUUUUUUCAGUUAUUCAUGUUAGAAAAAAUGUUAAAAAAAGAUUUUAAAUUUUCUGAUUUUUAUUCUAUUGUCAUCUCUUGUCGAUUCGAUUCAAUCGUUGAUUUACCACCACCAAUCAUCUCAUCUCUAUUUCGUUCAUCAGUUCCUCUCUCAUUUUGUACAAAAAAAAAAAAAAACAACGAGCAAUAUUACUUUAACGGUGCAGAAAAUAGGAGAGAAAAAAAGUAUAAGUGUAUCGAUUUCGAACGAUAUGUGAACUUUUUCAAACAUGUAAUGGGAACAAAUUUCUGUAUGUUAGACCGUAUGCUCGAUUGACAAUAUACAAAAUGUGAAAACAUAAUAGAAAAUAUUACAAAAUAUUGGAAAAAUAAUAAUAUGUAUGGAUCGACAGAAAUUUAAACUUUAAUUUCAUCAAUUUUCAAAAGAACGAUAGUAAUUUAUGAUCAAAAAUAUUUGAAAAUGAAAUAACAAAAAAAAAAUAAGGGAAAGAUGUUCUCGUUACGUUUUUCUAAGAUUGCAAAUCGUUCGAAUUCAGUGCACAAUUCUAUUCUACAACCGCAUGAAAAUGUUAAAACUCAACAGCACAUUUAUACACAAAACACACAUACAUACGCGCACGAUGUUGUGUGAAAUUACAAUGCGCGCUCGAUAUGAAUGUACGGGGACGUUUUAGGAUGGUUCAAUGUUGUUUUCUUGCAUGGUGUACCAAUCAGAAACAGCGUGAAAUUUAAAGCACGUGGCACACAUACACGAGAUAUACCAACGUAUGCUAGAUUGUUAAAGAAAUUCGUCCAUCGCGUUGAUGCAUCUCUCAAGUAUAUGCCUUUUCGUGUUUUACGAUCGCAGCGCUACCUCAUUGGCUUGGUGUUCUGUGUCGCGACACAAAUGGCGCCUUAAGAUUUCUCUUUCGAUACACGUUAAUAAUAAAUUGAAAAGUUCUUGAGAAGUUGAUCAGAAGAAAAUCAACGCUAAUUAAUGUAUCGGAAUUUUAUUGAUAUUGAAAACAAAAAAAAAAAAAAAAUCACGAAUCAAUCACGAAGAAAUAUUCUAACCUCUCGAUCAACAUUUUGUACAGAGUUUGAUCGACGAACGGAAUACCAAGCAAGUGCGUUUGGAAACUGGAAGCGAGACCCGAUAACUCUCGCUUCUCGGGCAUGAAAAAGGAACUCUCGGAAGGUGAUAAAUAAUUUCGUAUUUUUUACACGGAAAUGUAGCUUCUCUGCGUUGAAACGUAUAUUAAAUACGCGUAUACACAUAUAUACACACGGUACCGACGGAGUGCCUGCGAUUUUCGAAGAUUUUAACGAAACGUGGGGAAGAGGAGGCGCGAGCUAUACGUGGAUCACGAGAUGCAGGGAAAAUGUUAAUGUAACCGUGCGAGAGAACGACGAAACGAGUUCUAUACGCGUGUGUUUUCGACAAUUGCGCCUACGUGCGUGUUAAUGUUAACGUUUAAAAAAAAAAGAAAACGAAAAAAAAAAAAAUAUGGAUGUGUAACGAACACUAUUUCAGAGAGUUA